UCUUUGGUUUCACUUUAACUUCGCGUCGGUCGCAGAGAGUCCGAGAAAAGUGCUUCAGAGGGCCGAGCAUGGAACUACAGGGCCUGCAAGAGGCGCUGAAAGUAGAGAUCCAGUGCCACCAGGAUGGAGAGCUUAAGAGACAGCUGCACGACAGGAGGAUAACAGCGCUGAGCGACAAACAAAAUCAGACGUUGUGCAAAGGACUCAAUGAACUUCAGAACGGACAGAAGCUGGCAGUCAGAAGUUGUCCCGUCGGCUCCACUAAGCCUCUGUCGCUCAUCAAGCCUCCCAGUCAGGCCAUCGCCAUCUCCGUGGUGCCCAAGGCCCCCGUUUCCAUGGUGACCGCACACAUCAACGGACAGAAGGCAGCGAGCUCGGAGCCGCUGCAGACGUCGCCCAUCAACCUCCAGACGGCCGGCAGGGUGGCGACCGCCGGAGUCCACGCGUUCAGCAGCAGGAGAGCCGGAGAGCUGCCUCCCUCUCAGAUGCUGGGAACUCUCACUGCUGUGCCCAUCAAGGUGCCUCAAGUCAGCUCCCUGCACCGGCUGGCAGGACAAGCAGCUACAGUGCUACCUCAGGUCAGGCCAAAGACCCAGAUCCCCGACAGCCUCCCUCACAGUCCGUGUGAGGAGCUGCAGCCUCUCGGCCUGCAGAGGGCCACCGCCGUGGUCACCGCCGUGGUGAGUCCCCGGAGCCAGGGCCCCACGCUGCCCACCGCCAACAGCACCUUCAGCCCGGAGCACCAGCCCAACGGCCAGAGCGACGCCUCGCCGCCACCGGCCCCCCCACACGGCCCGUCGGGGGGCCCAGAGUCCAGCGGCCCCGUCCAGCACGCCUCUGCAGGGCCCGGCGUGGCGUUCGCCAUCAUCGCCGCUUCGCCCGCCACCAGCAACGGGGUGACCGCCGUCAGCGAGGCCGUCAAGGUGAUAAUAAUCCAGCCUCAGGCUCCCAGCAGCACUGAGGGGUCUCCAGGGGCCCCGGCCGAUCUCCCGACACAGGAGGCCCCCAAACCGGCCCCCAAACCGGCCCCCAAACUGGCCCCCAAAUCCCCCAAAUCCCCCAAAUCUCCCAAAUCCCCGAAGAAAGACGAGGACCCCGAGAAAAUCGCCUUCAUGGUGGCGCUCGGCCUCGUCACCACAGAACACCUGGAAGAAAUCCAGACGAAGAGACAAGAGAGGAAGAGACGAAGCACAGCCAACCCGGCCUACAGCGGCCUGUUCGAACCAGAGCGUAAACGUCUGGCGUCACAUUACCUGAACAGCUCGCUCUUCCUGUCUUCACGAGACUCUGAGGACUUCUGCUGGAAGGAGGACGUGGAGCAUGACGACCACUGUGCCGUCUGUAAGGAGGACGGAGAGCUGCAGACCUGCCACAACUGCCCCAGAGCCUUCCACCCAAACUGCCUCCACCCGCCGCUCAAAACCCCCCCGAGAGGAGCCUGGUACUGCCCCAAGUGUCAGAAGAAGGUUCUGAACAAAGAAAACAUGUCGUGGCCGCAGAACUUUGUUCAGUCCUACGUCACACACAAGACGGUGAGGCAGGAGGAGAAGCGGCGGCUGCUGAGACGAAACGUGGAGCUGAAGAAGGAGUGCGUUCACCUGGAGGAACAAGACGAGAAGCUCAACGACUCGCUCAAACAGUGCAUGGACCUGAGGGAGAGGCUGCUGGGUCAGCAGAGAGACACUCAGGCUUCACUGGAACGCCUCAAAGCUCUGAUCAGGUUGAUCCAACGCGACCAGCUCAUCCAGGUCACCAUGACGACCACCGCCACCAUCGCCGCUGCCUCCCUGCUCUCCCAGUCCUGGAUCAAACCCACCAGCACCACCGCCGUCGCCACCGCCACCGUCGCUGUCGCCGCCCCGGGCCCCUCGGCCACGCCCCUUCAGCAGAAGAGCCACGCCCACAGCCAGGAUGACGUCACCAACUAGCUCCGCCUUUCCCCCCGCUGAGGGCAGUGAUGAUUUAUUUUCGUCUGAAUAAUAUCUAACCAUCUUUUUCUCCGAGGAGCUGAAAAAAAGCCACAAAAAAACUGAGAAAAAAGAGCGUGUUCACUCCAUCCAAGUAUUUUUUAAAACCCAACACCUACAGUGCUUACGAGAUUUCUUUUUUUAUGUUAUUUUCUAUUUAUUAAUGUUCUUGGCCUUAAUGUAUUUAUUACAAACGUUAGACGACAGUGCUGCUGCCGCGGGAACACGACAGGAGCUCCUGUGGCGGUCCAAAAGAUAUUUCCCUUUUUUAAACACAGGUCUGAUAAUUGUUCUGCGUCUAGUGAGAGAGAACCGUAGAGUAGAGGUAGUGAAGACACGAGUGGACGGACUGUACAUUGAUAUAUCUGAGUAGAUGUUUGUUCUCAUCCUCCUACGAACAAUGUUUUUGCCAUAAUAAUUCAGGAAAAUGUUUUCAUCGUGUAUGUAAACGCAUACGAGCCUUCAAACAAAAACAGAGAAUAACUUUUUUUCAGUAUUAAUAGAGUUAAAGUCAAAGAAAAAAGUAUUUAAGAUAAAACUACAGAAAUUAGCGUUUCUAGUGGAGAUUUUAGUAUUUUCAUGCUGAUGCCUGUUGAUAAAUGUAAGUUUGGAGUAUUCAAGGGGAUCAUUGUACAUACGUUGUAUUAUUAUUAUUAUUAUUAUGAUUAUUAUCAUUAUGAUUAUUAUCAUUGCAGGUUUUCUGUUUUUUUACUGAAGUCACAGGUGAGUCUCUGAACGUUUCACUGUUUGUUUCUGUUCGACGGCAACACAAACAAGAAAAGGACAUUUUAUUUAAUAAUUAAUUACAUAAAAUUAAGGAAUCAGGAGAGUCGGGUAAUAUUCAAAGAAAACAAACGAGUUGUGAAUUAACGAGAGAAAACUCACAAAUUUAAGAGAAAAAUAUCUGAAGCAACUUGUUUUUUGUCAAAGAACCACCGUUUUAUUCCAGAAUCACCACAGUAUCAUCAGCGUAUGGACUUACAUUUUUGCGUUGUUUCUUGUUCCUUUAAUUUACGAGAAAAAAACCUAAAACCAGUGUUUAAUCUCAGUUUUGUUUCCUGGGAUAUCACCCUCCUCUCACGUUUCGGUACCUUAUUUAUAUAUAAAAAAACACUCAACAAUAUUUAGUUAACGAUGAUAAAUGACAGAGAAAAGCAGGAAAUGCUCUCAUUGGAGACGCUGGAACGUUUUCUGCUUGAAAAAUGACAAUGAACUGAUUAUGAAAAUAGUUGUCAAUAAUUUUUCUUUUUUUUUGGACUAAUCGUUUCAGUAGAAAGAAUAAAUCAAAUGAAUAUUCUUUGUUUGUGUCGCCGUCAGAGAAAACAAACGGUGAAACAGAGACUGAUGUGUCGUUUUUUCACAGCUGCACUCGAACGCGUCAGAGUCGAUGUGUGAUCGUCCUCCCCUUUAAACCAGUAUAGAAAAUAUGCCAAAAACCUUUUUCUUUGUUUUUGUACUGGGAUCAUCUUUCAGAUAACGUCUAUUGUGCUUUUUUUUUUUUCCUCUUCCUGCCUAUUUUAUAUUCUUCGUUUUUUUAAACUCGUGUUUUAUGAACGUUUAGCGGCAACGACGACGACGAGCCUGUUAACCCGACAGACGAACACUGCCUCAAGUUCAAAGAAUCGUUCACAUCCAGGUUUUUCUUUUGUCUUUGUUUUGCGUUUUAAAGAAACCAGUGGACUCGUCAACAGAAACAGAACUGUGACUGUCGGAGGACCGGAGGUCCGUUUGUCCUGCUAGUCUUCCUGCUGGUCCAGAAAGGUUCAGUUUAAGUGUUAACAGCAUAGAUUUAGUCCGUUUUUUAUGAAUCGAUCAUCGUUGUCACCACACAGUCGAGGUGCAGCGCUCUGCUACCUGUUGAUGCACAAACAUGAAGGAACGGUUCCAACAAUAAGAGAAAGAAACGCCUUCAUCAAAAGAAAGGAAAGGGAAUCCGUGUUUAAACCGAGAAGAGUUGUUUUUUAUUAUUUCUUAUCAUAUCACGAGUUUGGUCUCUGAAGUAUCAAAGAUACUGAAAAGAUUCUUAUUGUUGGAGAAGCUUCAUCUGAACGGCACAAAAAAUGUCAAAUAAAUAACUAAACUGGUGCAUUCGUGGCAGCGAACAAGUCGACUCACCGAGAAACAAAAGGAGGAUUAAAAACGAGCAAUACGGCAUCAAAAGGGUUAAACAACACGAGUAUCCCCAAAACUGAUCAAUGUUCAUCAUAAAACAUAAAACAUAAUAAAUAAAGCCCUCAUUUAAAGGAGGUCUGUGUACGUUUUCAUCCAAUGAAUUAGUUUUUAAUCAG